GAAGCCAGUGGGUCCUCCACGACUGUAUAAGAAAACAAAGGUCAAAAGUAGUUUCAACCAAUCAGAAUACAGAUCUUUUUGAAAUUUAUCGUCUCCUAGAGUCUUUAUGCAUUGGCUUCAAUAGGAGCCCAAGUUCUUCUCCUUGUUUUGAAGAAAGCUUUACCAAAAAAAAAAGCAGUUCUUCAGUCUCUCUCUCUCACAUAGUCUCAUGGCUUCAUCUUCUUCUUCUUCCUCGUCUCGCAUAAGGAGAUACCAUGUGUUCCCUAGCUUCCACGGGCCAGACGUCCGCAGAACUUUUCUUAGUCAUUUACACAGACACUUCACAAAUAAAGGAAUCACGACCUUCAAAGAUCAGGAGAUUGAGAGAGGCCAAACGAUCGUCCCUGAACUUGUACAAGCCAUCAGAGAAUCAAAAGUCUCCGUAGUUUUGCUCUCGAAGAACUACGCUUCUUCAAGCUGGUGCUUAGAUGAACUAGUUGAAAUCUUGAAGUGCAGAGAAGAUCAGGGACAGAUGAUGAUGACGAUUUUUUACGACGUCGAUCCAUCCGAUGUGCGGAAACAAAGUGGACGCUUUGGAAGUGCGUUCGAAAAAGCUUGCGAAGGGAAACCAAUGGAAGUGAAGCAGAGAUGGACCGAAGCUUUGGCAUAUGUAGCAACCGUAGCAGGAGAACACUCUCUUAACUGGACUGAUGAAGCUGGAAUGGUCGAAAAGUUUGUCACGGAUGUUUCGAACAAACUGAAUGUUACACUGUCAAGGGAUUACGACGGUGUGGUGGGACUGCAAUCUCACUUGAGAAAACUGAACGCUUUGCUAUGCCUUGAGUGCAAUGAAGUGAAGAUGAUUGGAAUAUGGGGUCCUGCUGGAAUCGGCAAGUCCACGAUUGCUAGAGUUUUAUUCUGUCAGCUUUCUACCGAUUUUCCACUUGGAUGCUUUAUGGGGAACCUCAAGGGAGGUUACAAGAGCAUCAUUGGUGUUGAUGAUUAUGAUUUGAAGUUGGGUUUGCAAAACCAACUCCUGUCUAAGAUUUUGAAUCAAAGGGAUAUGAGGGUGUAUCAUCUAGGUUCAAUAAAAGAAUGGCUACAAGAUCAAAGAGUUCUUAUCGUUCUUGAUGAUGUAGAUGAUCUAGAUACACUAGACGUCUUGGCUAAAGAACUUUCCUGGUUUGGUUUGGGAAGUCGGAUCAUUGUUACCACAGAAGAUAAAAAGAUUUUGAAAGCACAUGGGGUUCCAGAUACCUACCAAUACCAUGUCGAUUUUCCAUCCUCAAAAGAAGCCGUGGAGAUCUUGUGUCUAUCUGCUUUUAACCACAGUUCUCCACGAGAGGGUUUUGAAGAGGUCGCAAACAAAGUAGCAAAGCUUUGCGGUAAUCUUCCGUUAGGCCUUUGUGUUGUGGGCUCAUCUUUGCGUGGGGAGAGCAAGCAAGAGUGGGAACUUCAGUUAUCUAGGAUCGAAACUAGUCUUGAUGCAAAAAUCAUAGACGUUUUAAGAGUGGGAUAUGACAGAUUGUCAAAGAAAGAUCAAUCAAUAUUCCUUCACGUUGCAAGCAUCUUCAACAAUAAUGGUUUUCUCUAUGUGAAAGCCAUGCUCGCUAACAGUAAUUUGGAUUUCGAAAAUGGGUUGAAGACCCUAGAUCUUAAAUCUCUUGUGGAUAUAUCUUUUGGGUGGAUAGAGAUGCACUCUUUACUACAACAAUUGGGGAGACAAGUAGUUUAUGAACAGUCUGAUGAGCCCGGGAAACGUCAGUUUUUAGUAGAGGCCGACGAGAUUUGUACUGUGCUUGCAAAUGAAACAGGGACUGGAUCUGUCAUAGGUAUAUCACUUGAUACGUCGAAGGUCGGCGGGAUGAUUUCUAUAAGUGGGCGAGCCUUUGAAGGAAUGCGUAAUCUCCGGUUCUUAAGAUUUUACAUGGGUUCUUAUAAUGAAAAUGCUAGCUUCCCAUGCAUACUAGGGGAUUUGACAUAUCUGCCUCGUCUAAGUAUGCUUGAUUGGGCGUUUUACCCAGGAAAACGUCUUCCUUCAACAUUUCAGCCAGAAUGUCUCGUUACGCUCCGUAUGACGCACAGCAAUCUCGAGAAGCUCUGGGGAGGAAUCCAGCCCCUUGCAAAUCUCAACGAGAUGGAUCUUAGCUUUUCCUAUAAGCUGAAAGAAAUGCCAAAUCUUACGAAUGCUACUAAUCUUGAGACAUUGACACUGACGGGCACAAGCCUGGUGGAGCUUCCCUCUUCUAUUAAAAACUCACACAGACUGAAAGAGUUGAAGAUGAGCUACUGUACUAAACUACGAGUCAUUCCCACCAACAACAUCAACUUAGCAUCUCUUGAGAAAGUCGACAUGAACGGUUGCUCACGGUUGAGAACUUUUCCAAAUAUUUCUAGCAACAUUGAAUAUCUUGAUGUAGGAAACACAAAGAUAGAAGAUGUUCCUGCGUCUGUUGCUGAACGCUGGUCUCGCCUCAAGUAUCUUAUCAUAGGCAACAAAAGCCUCAAGAGAUUAACGCAUGUCCCUAUAAAUGUAAUUUAUCUAGACCUAAGCAACAGUGAUAUAAAGAGGAUUCCAGAUUGUGUCAUCGGUCUCCGGCAUCUGCACGAUCUUAUCAUCAGAAACUGCAGAAAACUAGUGUCACUGCAGAGUCUUCCCCUUUCGGUUUGGCUUCUCGAUGCAACUGAUUGUGGAUCGCUCAAAAGCGUACGUUUCUUGUUAUCUGCAUCAAGAGCGUAUAGUACUACUCCCAACAAAUGCAACGAUGUGAAUUUGGAGAAAGAAGAGAGAAGAGCAUCUUCCAUUUUCCAUCCAUUCAGAAAGUCCAUGUUCCGUAACUGUUUGAAACUUGAUGAAGAAGCAAGAAGGCUAAUAAUACAACGAUGGGAUAGGUGUUCUUUUUUUGAAAAAAGUUAAAUUUAUGGGGGAAAUUCAUCUUUACCGUUCUCUAUAUAUAUAUAAUAAAUAAUUAUUUCAAUAAAUAAAAAAUAAAAACAAAAUAUUUUUUUUAAUGUUUUCGAAUUAUACUUUUUUUAAAUUCGAUUUUUUUUAUAAAUAUUUUGAAUUUCUUUUUUAAAAUUUCUUUUCGAAAAUCGAAAAUUCUUUUUGAAAUUAUUUUUUUUAAUUUGUUUUAAGUAUUUAUUUAUAUAUUUAUUAGAAUCCUAGAUUUCAGAUUCUAAAAACUUACCCCACCACUCAUCUCUAAAUCUUAAGUCUAGAUUAGUGAAUGUAAAUUGGUUAAUGUAAACAUAAAAGCCAUAUUAUGAGUGUGAUAUUUUUGACAUUUUUUCUGAAUUUAUUUAAAUCAAAAAAGGUUUUUGUACAAACUAAUGCAGCCUUAGUCUAACAUGUGUGAUAGUUUUGAAACAAUAUCAGUGAUUAAAACCCGUCUAAUCUCUAGACGAAAAACCAAACCACCAUGGCUUGGUUGAAAGAUGUUCCUCCUCGUCCUUGUAGUGAACUGAUUCAGUUUCUUGUCUGUUUGUCAAUUACAAGUGUUUAUUGUUACCAGGCAGAGAAAUCCCUGCUGAGUUCACUCACAAAGCCACAGGAAACUCCAUAACCAUCCCUGAGGGUACUUUCUCCACGUCUUCAAGUUUCAAGGCAUGCGUCCUGCUUUCAUCAGCCCUAGGGGUACAGUACUUAGAUAGUAGUCUCUAUUGUCGUCUAAGAAGCAAAGGUGAGCUCAUCAACGAACUUAGGUUGUCUGUCGAGACGACGCAUGCAUUUCUGUCGGAACACCUGUUAGUGCUUUGUGGGACUUGUUUCAAAAAGAGAGAUGCCAUGACGUGGACGUGUCUAGGAGUGAUAUUAUAUUUGAAUUCAGCUGCCGAGACAACGAUGAAAACAUUAUUGAGUGUGGUGUGCAUAUCUUGACCGAGGAAUUUGAGAGUAGCAGCAGCCAAAGCAGUAGUUACCCUGAAGUUGUAGGCAGCAGCAGCUACCAGCACAAGGAUGGAGCCGC